GUGGGAGAUCUCAUCGGCCGCGGUAUUUACGGCUCGGUGAGACGGGCAGUCGAUCGGAAGACGGGCGAUAUCUUGGCUGUCAAGUCGAUUUUGCGCACGAAAGUCGACGAGAAUGCCAUCAAAGACGAGUGCGAUGCAUUGCAAGUAUUAUGUGGGCAUCAUCCAAACUUUCCGUUGAAGUUAAUGGUGUACGAAGACAGUCCGUUAUUGAAGAGCGAAGUGACUCAUAUCGUGACCGAUAUUUACACUGGUGGAACAUUAAUACAGGCCAUCGCGCAACGCGGUCUUUUUGAUGAGGGUGAUUGGUGCGUAUUCGCCAACCAACUACUCGGGGCAGUGUCGUUCAUGCACUCGUUGGGCGUCGCGCACAGAGACUUGAAGCCCGACAAUAUCAUGCUCAAAGAGCCGUGGUCACCCAAACCAGGCGCUAUUCCGACUUUGAAAAUAAUCGACUUCGGCAGCGCGACGUUCUGCUUGGCGCACGAAACUAUGAAAGGACACGUUGGGACGAAAUUCUUUAGCGCGCCGGAAGUGCUUCGGCGCAAGCCAUACACGAAGAAGUGCGACGUAUGGUCUGUCGGUGUGCUUCUUAUGGUAUUACUCAAGGGUUAUCCU